ACGUCAUCUGCCUCAUACAUUUAGCCUUAGCCAAAAUUAGCUAGGGGUUCAAAACGAGUGAGUUUCUUUUCAAACGGCAGCCUAUGUGACGGUCGUUUAUUUGGUGCUCCCUGGGUUUACAGUUGCAAACAUGUAUAUAAAAGCCUUAUUCCGAUGCAGAGACAUGCUGAAAGGAGAACUGAUCGUGUGAAAUGCUGGUUAGCGUAAUCAAAGCUAGCUGACGAGCAGGGGCCGAGAACCGAAAGUGGCUAACGUUAAGGAGAGCUAAGCCUAUCACAACAAGCCUGGACACUUUAACAUACCUGACCCUGAGCCACAAGAAGACGGACUGACAGAUACUUCCUAUCCUACAAAGUAGCAGUGGGUCUCUCAAAGGCAGCGCCAUGGGUGCGUUCCUGGACAAACCCAAGACAGAGAAGCACAACUCACAUGGUGAGGGCAAUGGCCUGCGCUAUGGGCUGAGCUCCAUGCAGGGCUGGCGGGUGGAGAUGGAGGAUGCUCAUACAGCUGUGUUGGGACUUCCUGCUCCUGGUAUGACUGACUGGUCAUUUUUUGCCGUGUAUGAUGGUCAUGCUGGCUCGAAGGUUGCCAACUAUUGCUCUAAGCAUCUUCUAGAACACAUAAUCAGUGCCAGCUUAGGGGCCAGAAGGUCACAAGGCUCCCAGGCUGGCUCAGACAGUUCCACCAGUGACCCUCCAGUACCAGUUCCUCCUUCAGUGGAAGCUGUGAAAACCGGGAUCCGGACAGGUUUCCUGAGGAUUGACGCGCACAUGCGCAGCUUCUCUGACCUUCGAAAUGGCAUGGACCGUAGUGGUUCCACAGCAGUAGGAAUCCUCCUGUCACCUGAUCAUUUCUUCUUCAUUAACUGUGGUGAUUCUCGGGCUGUGCUGUACCGCAAUUCACACGUGUGCUUCUCCACACUUGACCACAAGCCUUGCAACCCACGUGAGAGAGAGCGCAUCCAGAAUGCUGGUGGUUCAGUGAUGAUUCAGAGAGUUAAUGGGUCACUGGCUGUAUCGAGAGCCCUGGGGGACUACGAUUACAAGUGUGUGGAUGGGAAGGGCCCCACAGAGCAGCUGGUUAGUCCCGAACCAGAAGUGUAUGAGAUGGUUCGGGCCCCUGAACAGGAUCAGUUUGUGAUCCUGGCGUGUGAUGGCAUCUGGGAUGUCAUGUCCAAUGAGGAGCUGUGCGACUUUGUGAAAUCGAGGCUUGAGGUGUCUGAUGACCUCGAAAGAGUCUGCAAUGAAGUGGUGGAUACCUGCCUGCACAAGGGGAGUCGGGAUAACAUGAGUGUUGUGUUAGUGUGUUUGCCCAACGCCCCCAAAGUGUCAGAGGAAGCUGUGAGGAAAGACGCUGAACUCAACGAAUAUCUGGAGACUCAAGUGGAAGAGAUGCUGUCUCGGCCGGAGGAGGGUUUUCCGGACCUGGUCACAGUGAUGAGGACCCUGUCCACUGACAGCGGCAUGCCCCCUCUGCCACCAGGGGGAGGCCUUGCCAGCAAACGCAGUGUUAUUGAAGCAGUAUACAACCGUCUGAACCCAUACAGGGAGGAAGAUGGGAGCGGAGCUGAUUUGGAGUACCACUGGUAGCUGUCCAGCACAACUGCCUGAUCGAGAAAAAAACAAACAAACCAGGACCACUUUUCCACACGAGAUCACAUCCAUAGUCACCUUUUAAUUUCCUCUGGGAUGUUUUUUAAUUUUUUUAAUUUUAAUUUUUUCCUCACACUGAGAGAUCAAUCGAAGCAGAAAUCAUGAUUUUUAAAAACACAACGCACCCGACGUGGAGCACUGCAAAACGGAUUUGGUUGGUUCUUUUUAUGGAACAAAAUGGGAAAAAAAAAAAACAAGAACAACUGCAUCAACGAUCUGAAAUGAGAA